AGGCAGUGGGGGAAGGGUGGCGGGAGGGAAAGAGAAGAGCUGGCGGGGGGGGGGCGUGGAGAGAAACCCCAAGAGAAGGAGGUUGUUGUAUUGGGGGGGAGGGGGUCAGUGUCAGAUGUUAGACCAGUUCUUGGCCUGGGGUACUACCUGAAUUAACAAGAGGGGCGGUUAAUUAUCAUAUCCCCGUUUGUGCUGUGGGGGGAAGGGAGUUAUUGGAAGAAUAAGGCUAUUUAUAUCUGGAAAAGUGAGGCUGAUCAUUUGUCUGAGCAGGUGUCUCACAAGAAGGGUGGUUCUGAUAGUAAUUGGUAUAUCAGGCUGGAAGAGGAAAGAGAGGGUUUCAGGAUAAUACCAGGGUGGAAAGAAAAGCAGAGGUUAAUUAUCAUGAUAACAAGUGUAGUGUUUCCAGUCUGAUGAGUUGUGAGUCAGGCUUCAGGAGGGGGAAAGGGAGUAUCAUAAUAAUAAGGGAGAAGUUAAAGCAUACAAUAAAGGAUGGUUCCUAAACCCACCUACAGUAUCCCUGAAUUGGAAAGUGAGCCCCAAGUUAGCCCUACUUGUCUUGUUUAAUUUGACCAUUUAGACAGGGAAAGCUAAAAUCCAUAAGGGAUGGAAGGGGAGGAAAACAGCAGUCCUCCCUUCUCAGGAGUGUUUGCGGACUGCAGUUUGGCCUUUUGGACUCUGUGCUCAGUGAUUCUGCCGGUAGUGAUCACCUUGUGGUGCAGCUUCCAGCGAUCCCGGAGGCAGGUGCUGAGGCGAGACAUCUUCCGCAAGAGCAAACACGACUGGCACUACACGGAUCUCUUUGGCCAGCCCACCUAUUGCUGUGUGUGUGCCCAACACAUUCUUCAGGGAGCUUUUUGCAACUGCUGUGGGCUGUGUGUCCACGAAGGGUGUCUCAAGAAGGCCGACCAUCAUUUCCUCUGCAAGGAGAUUAUGAUGAGGAGUGAUGGUGAACCCCACACCUCUAUGGAACAUCACUGGAUCAGAGGCAACGUCCCACUGUGCAGCUAUUGUGUCGUAUGCAAGCAGCAGUGUGGCACCCAGCCCAAGCUCUGUGACUACAGGUGUGUUUGGUGUCAGCACACUGUACAUGAUGAUUGCAUGCAGAGUUCUUUAAAGAGUGAGAAGUGUCGUUUUGGAGAAUUCAGAAACUUAAUUAUUCCACCAUAUUAUUUAUCUACCAUUAAUCAGAUACGUAAGGAUAAAAGAACUGAUUAUGGAAAGUUGGCAUCCUCCUAUGGUAAACACUGGACCCCAAUAAUAAUCCUGGCUAAUACUCGUAGUGGAAACAACAUGGGCGAAACAUUGUUGGGAGAGCUUAAGAUUCUCUUAAACCCAGUUCAGGUUUUUGAUCUGAGCAAAAUUUCACCUGCCAAAGCACUCCAGCUUUGUACCUUGCUGCCUUAUAAUUCUGCUAGGGUGCUUGUUUGUGGUGGGGAUGGCACAGUGGGCUGGGUCCUGGAUGCAAUUGAUGAAAUGAAGAUAAAGGGACAAGAACGGUAUAUUCCACAAGUUGCAAUCUUACCUCUCGGAACAGGUAAUGACCUGUCUAAUACAUUGGCUUGGGGUGCAGGUUAUGCUGGAGAAGUCCCAGUGGAACAAAUUUUACGAAAUGUAAUGGAGGCAGAUGGAAUUAAAUUAGACAGAUGGAAGGUUCAGAUAACAAACAAAGGAUAUUACAAUUUAAGAAAACAAAAGGUGUUCACAAUGAACAACUAUUUUUCUAUAGGACCUGAUGCUCUCAUGGCUCUCAACUUUCAUGCACAUCGUGAGAAGACUCCCUCACUGUUUUCCAGCAGAAUUAUUAAUAAGGCUGUUUAUUUUUUCUAUGGAACCAAAGAUUGUUUAGUACAGGAAUGUAAAGAUCUUAACAAAAAAAUUGAGCUAGAGCUGGAUGGAGAGAGAAUCGAUCUUCCGAAUUUGGAAGGUAUCAUCGUCCUGAAUAUUGGAUACUGGGGAGGUGGCUGUAGAUUAUGGGAAGGAAUGGGUGAUGAGCCUUACCCCCUGGCAAGGUAUGAUGAUGGAUUGCUGGAAGUUGCUGGAGUUUAUGGCUCUUUCCAUUGUGCACAGAUUCAGGUGAAAUUAGCAAAUCCUGUUCGACUAGGACAGGCACACACUGUGAGGCUGAUUCUGAAGAAUUCAAAGAUGCCAAUGCAGGUGGAUGGAGAGCCAUGGGCACAGGGACCCUGCACUGUUACCAUAACUCAUAAGACACAUGCACUGAUGUUAUAUCACUCGGGUGAGCAAACGGAUGAUGAUGCUUCCAGCAUGUCUGAGCAGGAACACACAAAGGAACAGAUGGAUGAAGACAUAUAGGUUUUGAAGGAUUUUACAUAAUAUAUUAAUCAAUUCUUGUUUAAAAACGUAAUUAAAUAUAUAUUAAAUGUUCUAUCUCAAUGACUAUAUCUUUAUGCAGUAAGGUGUAGACUUGUGAGUGGCAUAGGGGUAAAAAAAAAAAGCCAUGCUUUCAAGUAUUAAUGGAAAAACCUCCAGGCUAACCUUUAGUAAAACACUUAAGUAUAUACUAUCAAAAUGAAAAUAACUUAAACUGAUUUUUCUUAAGGCUAAAUGUCGUUUUAGUAUGUCUUGAGAAUACUAUUUUCUCUUUUAAAUAAGCACUAUGUCUUACUCAGUUAAACAAUAUACCGUGAAGUGCACAUAACAGAAAUAUUGAAAUGUGACUCUGGGUAGCACGAUCAUCUUUUAAGACCCAUGUAACAAGAUUGUUUCUUUUGGAGACCAUUGGUAACACUUUAAAAAACUAUUACAGAUAACUGAUAUUGUCUGAUGAUGAUCUGAAAAUAGCAACAUGGCAAGUCAGUCUGUGCCACCACAUUGAUCGUAUAUACAUAUAUGAUCAGUAAAGAUGUAUUAUCUGCAAAAACAGAUGGAGAACAUAUGUAUAUUUUGCUUCCUGACUAGGUCAUGCAAGGUGAAUAAUAGUUCUGCGGGAUUUAGAACUUUAUUUCCCAUUUAAAUUUACGGCCACAAAAGAGCAUUAUUGCAAACAAUGAUACAAAAAUUCUGAAUAGAUCUAACAGUAGAUAUAAACAUCCUGUUUAGGUAACCAUCAAGAUUUCUCAAGGUAAAUAUUGACCUAGUUGAAGCUUCUCAGGUUUAAAACUUCAUGGUCGCUUCAGCAGAAAUCAAUAUUUGCUCUUUAGUUAUUUUAUGAGUGAGUAACUUAACCUACAAAGCCAAGAGCUUGACGCUAAGGAGUAAACCUGUCACUAAUCAAUCCAGUUGAGCUCAUGUACUGCAAAUGAUCUCCAAACAGUAACUGAAUGUAUAGUGGAUGUGCGCUGUAUACAUUAAGCCCAGUGACAAGUUAAGGAAAGGCCUAAACCCUGAAUUUUCUUACCUCUUUUGUCAUUUUAAGCCAGCACCCUCAAAUAACUUUCCUUUUGUUUUCUAUAUGCUAGUUUAAAGGGACACUGUCAAGUAGGGUAGGCCAUAUAUCUAGGUUUUGUAAACCAAAUGCAGUUGUUUUACAAAAUCUAAAAAAGACCUUCCAUGGAUUACCUAAUGUUCAUGAAAACAUUUUUUUAAACAAUUUAUUUAAGCAUUUUUGUACAGGUUUAUGGAAAUCAAACACAACAGCACUAUAUCAGUGCAUGAUAGACCAGAAAGUUAAACAGACCCUUUCUGGUUUAAAUUUUCCAUGCUGAGUGAAAAGCAAAAAGCAAACAUAGUUUAUAUGGUAAAAAGUUAAUUACAUUUUUGAAACUCUUCCAUUUUUAAUAAUCUUUCAAGAUAAAAAUAUGUUUUAACUUGACAGUGUCCCUUUUAAAAAGUUUACAUGCUAGAUUCUAAAUACUACUGACAUUAGUAAAUUCAUAUUUAGACAGAUUUGCAAGGUGUUUGUUUAUAUAUGUGAUUAGAAUGUAAUUAAUUGUAAAUGUUGACAAAAAAUGUAAAUUUUAUACUUGGGAGCAUUAUAGACCUUCUUUGAAUUUAUAAUUUAUCAUGUAAAUACAUUGCGAUUUGAGUCACAGAAGUCCACAUAAAAAGUAAAUUAAAAAUACCCAAAGUAGAUAUACCAUGUUAUAGAUAGAUCCACGAUCCAAAUCUUCUUUAGUUAAAACUGACUUUAGGUUAUACUAGCUUAAAAAUCAUUUUAAACUGGUGAACCUCUACUUUAUUUAUAUUUGAAUAACUUAUUCACACUUAUUUUUAAAAUAUUUAUUUAAUUAUUAUGCUCUUAUCCUUGUGUACUAAUGUUUACAGACAAGUUAUAAAGCUCUGGAAAAACUAGGUAUGUAUUUGGAAUGCAGAUACGUUAGAAAGACAAUGACAGGAUUUCUUAAUCUAAACUUAUCAAACUGUGUUGGGGAGAGUCAUCUAAAGUUUAUUUGGAAAUUUUCAAGAUCUAUUUCAAUACUCAUAAGAUCAAAAAACUGUCCAGAAUUUUGAAAGUUUGAACCCCCACCCUACCCUUAAAUAAAAGCUUAUAAAAUGCUUUUUUCCUGGUUCUGAGGAGAUGGUAGAUUGAAAAUCCAUCCUGUCUCUAGAUGGAUACCAGGGACCGAAUUGCUUCCUUCCUAAACUCUGUCUGUCAGGGAGAUCUCAGGGAUCUGUGCCUGUCCACGGACUGGUCGUUGAGAAACACUGUUCUAGAUGACAUCACAGUUGGUGAGAACAGGCUGUCUCCCAAUUUGUUUUGUUCUUGGUUGGAGGAAGGAAACAGGUACAGCACCUCAGACAAUGGGGUAUUGGCCGGGAGGUACUGUAUGCAGACAAGCUGGAUCCUUCCACUGACUGCAACUCACUGAGCACUUCUCAGGAUCUGGUGCCAAAUGGGUGAAAUACUCUCUGGGCAAUAUAAAUCCAUGAAUAGCUUUGUAAUACAGGAGGAGAAUGGGCAGUGAAGGUAACACUUCAUCUAACACCUACUUGGUAAUUUUGGAGAGCUGUUUUCUGAGAAUGGCCCUAAUUGUCUGAGCCAGCUCAUCGCUCUUUGCAUGCUGAUGGGAGAAUUAUGCUGCAUGUAUGAGCGAUUAUAAGUGAAUGUCUGAAUAGCUGAGGGCAUUUGGUCAGUAGCAAAUUUAGACAAUGUAUGCUUGGAAAGCCAUUCAGAAAAUUCUAUUUGAGGAUGGUAGAAGAUUGCACUCGCUAUAAAUUUUUAUCUCGAUGUCAGAUAUGCCAUACCCACUUUUCUGGAAUUGUGGACAACUGGAGACAGGUCAGAGGACUUUUUAAAAACAAAUGUUAAGGCUAGAAUUUAAAUAAGUCAGGUGAUCACAAGAAUCUUGCAAUUCCCAACUUUACCAACCUGUGGUUUUUUUGAAGAUUUUUUUUUUUGUAAACUUCUCUUGCUCAACUGUUUUAUUAAUCAAAAGUUUUCAGUUCAUCACAAAUUUAAACUCAGAUUCUGUUGUGAAUUUCUCCCUGUGAAACCACUUUAGUCUGACUGCAGAAGUUAUGUCAUUAUCAUUUGCCUCCCCACGUCUAAUUUGCAUAUAAAUUAAAUAAAGAUACUUUUCAGAUUUAAUGAUAGUUGCUCGUGUGCUAUUGUAUAUUUAUCAUGGCUGUGAAUCUGAUGAAAUUCACAUUUUAAAAAAAAUAGAUGUUAGAAAACAUUAAGCACCUGAUACAGUUUUGUCUAUUGAUUAUCCUAUUUUUUUAAUUAAAAAUAGGCUUUGACAAUUGGAAACAUAAAAAUAUUGCAAUAUAUUAGAUACUCAGAAGAGGGUGCUCUGCUAUUGAAAUUCAUGCUCUGCUCUAAGAAAAGCCACACUGCAUUUAAGGAUGACAUAAAUUAUGAAUACAUUUAAUUUCUCAGAGGCUUCUUAUAAGCAUAUUAAUUUGAAUAAAAUGUACAGCUGUAGAAAUAUUGGGAUAUUAAUUUAGCAAGCAUUCAAACUAUUCAUUCACAAAGCUAUAAUUCUAGGCUAUAUUGAGAUUGUAUUGCAGCAUAUGCUAGUGUACCUUAAGAUCGGUCAGUGCUUCUGUUAUAAAUCCUUUUCCUGGUUUUAUAACCUACAAGUUAAAAAAAUUUUGGUGGGCUUAAACUUGCACACAAAACCUAGAUAUGGAGUGAACUUUUUUUCUCCCCUCACAACCACCUUACUUAUAAACUUUCACAAUUUGUAUAAAAUAUAUAUAUUUAUCUUUUCCUUAGAGUAGUUCACAGGUCAGAGUAAAAGUUUAUUGAUUUUUUGGGACACACGUCUGUAUUCUUGGGUCUUCUGCAACUUGUUUGUUUUUUUAAAAGGAAUGUUCCCAAUCCAUAAGGUGGUCCCUACACCCUUUCUGGUUUUCCCCUUGAAAUAAAAUAGUUGAGGUCUGACAGUAGUUGCCAUUCAUGUUUAUCUUUUUUAUAAGAAAUUGUGCUGCUACUUGACUAUAUUUAUAACCUGAUGUGUACUGGGGAUCAUGUGUUUACAGCAUACUACAGUAUUUACAGCAUACCCCAGCAUAGCGCCAGAAACUAUCCCAAUGGGUAAAUAGUCCAAAUUCUCCUUUCCAAUGCACUGAUGAGGCUCUCGUUUUAAAUGGACACACCUAACUUUAAAUCUCACGUGUGUUUGGAACAUUUUUGUAAUCUGCUGAUUGUUCUGGAAUGCAUUCACUUCAGCUAGAGUGAAAACCAGGCCCCUGCUAGAUUUUUCUUUGUUUGGGCCUAUUUACAUUCUAGAAUUCUACCAUAUAAACACAAUCGAGAGAACCUGAUUUUGAUAACAGGAUGAAAAAAACCAUGAUUUAGCAGUCGUAGGGCAAAUCUUAUUCAGCACCAUGUUAACAGACCAAGAUUAACUCCUGAUCCAAGCAAAAUCUAAUCCCAGUUAGUUGACAUGAUGAUGAUGAAUAAGAUUUGUCUGGUCUCCACUAACCACACAGUCAUGAUCAUCGGUAUUAUGUUAACUAACUAGCAACAAGGGAAAGAAGAAUAUUUGUAAUUGUAAAACAUGCUUGAAACUACUAAAAUUGAUGGGGGCACUCAGGCAAUUGUAAUACUAGAAACUUCCUUCUAAUCCACUUUUUGUAACUGACUUGUUUUUGUGAUCCUUGUAAGUUGGAGCCAUUCUGAGGUCAGUGCACAGCUCUGUGCUUAUAUUCAGAUUGCAUUUCAGUCAGUAUGUAGACUUGUAUCCUGUGCUGCUUUUUUAUAUAUAAGACAGUAUUCACUGAGGAGACAAUGCUGAUUAUUUAUGGUCUUUGCGCCAAAUCCUACAAAGACUUAUGAACUUGAUUAAUUUCUAGCAUGUAUGUCUUUAUAGGAUCAGGACCUUGAUAUUUUUCAGUCUAGCAAUUACACUCAGCACUGUGCUUGCAGUGUUCUUCACUGGGAUAAGCGGGCUUAGUUGAGAUCCAAAAUAACCUCCUUAAAAAGUGCAAGUUACGGGCUUUAGCUGGAAAAAAUAUUGUCUAACUAUUGUGCCAUAGCUUUCAAUAGCAUUAAAAAUGUUAAUGCAAUACAUGGUGACUUCUUAAAGAACACUCGAAUGUUGAAAACAUACCACUGUUACUUAGUUCUGAUGUAAGAGUAACACAUUUUUGAAAUUCCUUGUAUGUAUGCUCUUUGUUUCCUAUUUCAUUACGUAGUGUGACUGCAGAUACUUUUUUUUUAAACUGUCAACUAGAAAUAAUCUAGAAUAUUUUUAGAUUUAAAAAGAGAUAACUGCAACAUUUUAGUAGCCUGGUUGAUCCUACUGAAUGUGAACUAUCCACUUUUUAAAAAUAUGCUCUGAUCCUGUUCUGAGGAACUGUAGCUGCGGAUUGAGCACAGUGUAGGGUAGCAGAACAUCACUUGUUUCGUGUGAACAUUAUUUACACAUUCCAUAUGUUUAAAGCUCGUUCCUGCAAGCUCUGCCCACUCAAAAUUCCUGUUUGCUUCACUGAGUGCUGAAUAUUCACCGAUCCCGGGAUUGGGUUCCGUUGGGAUAGAUCUUCAGCUGGAGCAAAUCAGCAUUGCUCCAUUGAACCAAGCGGUGCUAAGGUGACUUUCACCAGCUGUCAUGUUUUGGAAGUCUGAAUUACCUUCAUAGUUUUAAACUAUCUUUUGUUUCUCUUUAACAUUUCCCUGUCUUCUGUGCCCACAUUAUCUGCAAUGAUCUUUCCACUUCCAAGUUCAGAGUUGUUAAUUUAAAGUGUUUGCAUCCAUCAAACAUAAUACCGAUUAUUGUAUUGACGUCUCUUUAAAGAGAAAAUGGAAACUGUUGUUGUAAGGAUUUCAGUCUGUAUCUUCAAAGUUGACAUCCCUCAUUAGCCAUAUGUCCACUACUAAUUCAUGUAGCUCUUAGAACUCUAGCCAUCUAAUCUUUAUAGAUUUUUUUAUAGUAAAACCGAAUGAUUUUUUUUAUUUUUGUAGCCUAUGCCUUCAAUAUGUAUAAUAGAAAUAAUUCAAAAAACAUAUUCUGAAUAUUGUAAAAAUGUGAAUUUCAAGAGCUGUAACUGUGAGUUAGUCAUAGUCACUUAAAUAAUAUUUGUGAGAAAAUACCAGCACAUGAAAAGUUUACAAAAGCCUAUUCUUUAGGAUAGAAGUAUUCUGAUAGUGUAAUAUGUUUGUAUUCAAUGUGCAUAUGCAGAUUCUGAAAUUGCACUAAAUAAGAAACAAAGAGCUUUUUACAGAUCCAAGCACUGGAUCAAAAUGCUGAAUUUGUAACCUUUAGUGUUCUUUUUAUCCAGAAAAAGUGAUGGGUGGUUGGUUAGUGGUUUUCCCACAGAACAGUAAUGCGGGAACCCAUCAAUUUAUUCAGAAACAUAAAUUGGUGCCUAAUGUUGCAUAUUAAGCUGUGGCUAUCAUUCACUAAAGUGCCCAGAAAUUAGCAAAUGCCCAUUUUUCCACCACCACCACCCCCCAUGUUCCCUCCCCCCAAAAAAGAAAAUGACACAUUGUGUAUUCACAGUUGCAAAGUGCUUGAGGUCUUAUUUAUAAAGGAAUUACCAACCAGCAUGAUACUGCACUUCCAAAGUAUCUUUUUAAAAGGUAGUAGAUACACUUACAUUUUCCUUGGCAUCAAAGAGAUGCCUUGUAACCCCCCAGGUAGAAUUAGUUGCUUUUCUGCUUUCAAAAAGAAUGAAUAAGCUGUAGGGGGAAAGUGUUACACAAAACUCUAGUCACAAAAGUAGGGAACAAUUUUUUUUUUCUUUUAAAACAAUCUUCUGUACCUUGCUAUACACAAGCAGUAAUGUGACUUUGGAAACUUUCUGUGGUCAAACUUUUUGGUUUACGUUUAUGCACACUUUGGGCUUGAUCAUAUUCUCCUUAAGCAGACAAUACUCCCAUUGAUUUGAAUGGGAGUUUUGCUUGCCUGAGGAGUAUGUUUGGUCGCUUUGACAGUAUACUGACCAGUUUAGUUAAUCAUUGCCUGUAGGUGUUGUGUAUUUUGUUGAGAAGUAAAAAAAAUAUUUGAGUGACCUGUUUGUACGCAAUUGUAAAUGCAGAGUAACUCCCAGGGAAAUCAGCAGAACUCCAUUGAUUUCAGUGGAGUUACUCAGAUUUACAUCUGUUAAUUUUGUGUUCUGCUCGUUCUUAUGACUUAGAAGAGAAAAUGUGCAGAAAGGAAUCCUUUUGAAAGGAUGUCUGCUUCAUAUUCCUCUUAGAUGUUUGUAAAUAAAUAAAAGCUAUUUUCAUACCACUGAUUGUGUUGCUGAAUUUCCUGAAGCAUCUUUCUGUUGUCUUGUUGAUCUGUAUUGUAUUUCUCUGUAUGAACCAGACUGAAGAAAAUGUGUGUGGAUUAAGAUAUUUGAAUCCAUUUUGUUUGUCUGUUUCAUGUUCAUUCACAAAUCUGAACAUCAGCUUUCAAAAUCUGUAAUAAACUAGUGAGAAUAUUUGACACCUAA